AAGAAUUCAUAUUAUAAAUAGCUGCAUGCCCUAUGAGUCUUCCCCAGUUUUUGUGUAUAAUCGACACUAUAAUCCUAGGUAAACAUGAUUAAAUCUGGAGAUAAAUGGGCAAUCAUUGCUAUAUGCUUAAUAUUUGGAUGCUUAAUUGCUUUAUCUGGAUUUUAUACUAUAGAAACUGUAAGGGUUUACUAUAAGUCUCAUAAAAGAAAGAAUUCUGUCAAGGCAAAUACCUCUCCUAUUGAGCGCGUUUAUUUGAUUGCUCGAAAUAUUUAUGUUUAUUUGGUUACAAACAAAAUUGUUUUGACUUUAAUCGCAAUUCCCAUUGUUUUUGCAAUCGCCGUUCCAUUCAUUGGUAAAGAGACACCGCCUAAAAAUGGCAAAGGAAAUUGGAAUGCACAUGCGGUAGCAGCAAGAUGCGGCUUUCUAGCUGCUGCUCUUUUUUUUGUUUCUUACUUUUUCAGCCUAAAAAACAAUCCAUUUGCCUUGAUGCUUUUCACCUCUCAUGAAAAAAUGAAUUAUGUUCAUCGACGUCUUGCUCAGUUUGCUAUUCUUAUGGCUCUCAUACAUGGCUUUACUUUUCUUGGAUUGACCAGCCAUGAUCGUCAUAAAUUAGUUGACAGUGCUUUCAGAUGGGGUUACGGUAUUCUGGGAUUAAUGGUCGUGAUGAUCAUCAGUGCUUUACCAUUCUUUCGUCGCAGAUUUUAUGAAUGGUUCUUUGUUUUACAUCAUGCAUGUAGCAUUGGUUUUCUUGUAUGUAUUUAUCAUCAUCAUCGACAAUGCGUCCCCUACAUGAAAGCGGCCAUCGCUUGUUACGCGUUUGAUCGCGGAUGUAGAAUCCUUCGAAGCUUCAUUAACAAAACGAAACUUGAAAUAAGUAUUAUUGAUGAUAACAUUAUUUAUUUACGCGGUAAAAAACCAAAAACCUCUUUCUUUUCGUUGCCAUGGUCUUCAGGCAGUCAUGUUUAUAUAAGCAUCCCUCGUUUUAGUUUUUGGCAAAUUCACCCUUUUACCCUUGCUAGUUGCCCUUCGGAUGAACAUGUCGAGCUUUUGGUCGCCGUUCGUAAAGGAUUUACCCAAAGAUUGGCUGACCAUUUGAAUUCCACAACCAUAAAUAUCAGUGAAAGAGACGAAAAAGCCAAAGUAAAUAAAGAUGCUAGUAUCGUUGUUUCUGAAUUGAGUUCAGGACAGGACCAAUCUAGUCUCGAUAGCGAUGUCAGUUUAAGCACAAAUUCUACAGAAUCGGUCAAAGAACUAACUGUUCUACUGGAUGGACCUUAUGGACCACUGUCAAAUCCCUUUAGGAACUAUUCUUAUGUUUUUUUAGCUGCAGGUGGUGUGGGAAUCACUUAUACUUUACCUAUAUUAAGGGAUCUUCUUUCGAAGCCUGGAAAUACUCUUCAUAUCACUCUUGUAUGGUCUUGCCGAUCAUUGAAGCUACUCACUUUAUUUAAUCGGAUUUUCAAACAUUCUUUGAGAAACAAGCAAGUUACCGUUCAUAUUUAUUGCCAUCUUACCGCGAGCUAUCCUGUGGAAGAACGUUUAAUAUCUGAAUCAAGUGACUCAAGUUUGGUUCAGUAUCGUGAUGGGAAACCCAACUUGGAGAACUAUAUCAAGGAUCACUUUGACUUAUCUAAUGAUAAAACUAGUGCAAUAAGUGCUUGUGGUUCGAAUGGCUUUUUGAAGCAUUUAAAAAAGGAAGUGACUUCUCAACAAAAAUGGGAUGCCGAUGUUUUUCAACAUUACGAAGAAAUUUAAUUACCUGUGGAACCCAUACCUUGCAUAAUUUUUCUUCCUUAUAGUUUAUCUAUACUACAAAUUUGUUUAAAGGAUCAUAUAAUAAUUAAAAGUUAAAUCUGUUUUAUUUAUCUCCGGAUUUAGUUAAUUCUAACGUUAAUGAAUGAUAUUUUCUAUAUUCUUUUUUGUAU